CGGGGCCGCCGCCGCAGAAAGGAGGAGGAGGACUUGGACGUCUGGCUGCCGGGGCCGCCUGGGUGAGCUGCAGCGGGAGGGUGCUGCGCUCACACACAAACUCACGCUGUGCCUGACACACACUCACCGCCCAGCUCCGCUCUUUCCACUGAGCCUUUCCCAUUCACAACAGCACGGCAGUGGCAGCAGCGGCAAUCCUGCCGCUCACACCCUUCUGCAGCAGCAACAACAGCAGCACGCUGGAGUUACUAGGCUCAAGCAGUUUGCUCUUUAUUUCUAGUUGGGGGGCGGGGGAGUAUCUUGGGGGAUGCUGAGGGAAGAAAUCCCUGCUGCAGAAUGUUGCCUAACCAUCCCUGAAGGAAGUUAGGAGAGGAACUCUGCAGAUUGAACUGAUUAGAGAGAGAGAGGGAGGGAGGCAGAAUAGCCAAACCCAACCAAUGUUUUUCCUGCAAAGUGCUGAGAAGUUUGUGGAACACUUUCUAGGAAUCAGAUCCCUUUUCUAAGUAUUUUCCUCUUGUCUUCCGAAGAAAGAACUUGGCUUUGGAUUGCCAUGGAUCCUAAGGAGAGUCUUAGACACACUUGAAUAAUUCCUCUGCUUGAGCUGGAUUGGUGGGAAUUUAGGAGGCUGUGUGUGCAAAGCAGAAGCCUUUGGAGCUCUCUUUGCUAAUCUGGAUGGAUCUAAAAGUGUCAUCGUCAAGACCUUGCCAUCUGCAGCUUUUGCUUUUAAGAUUCCUCCCUUCACUUUAAUUAGCUGCUAGGAAAGUCUAAACUUUUGGACCUACCUCUUCUUGUUUUUGGGUACUUUUUUUGUGUCACUCUGGGAUUGGUGUCUCAAGCCAUCUGGAUUGCUUUUAAUAUGUCAAAAUGGGUCUGCUGAUGCCACUCCUGCUCUUUGGAUUUGUAUAUUUUCAAGUUUAUGGAUCCCGUCUUCGCCAAGAAGACUUUCCACCGCGGAUUGUUGAGCAUCCUUCAGACGUGAUAGUCUCUAAGGGAGAGCCAACAACUCUGAACUGUAAGGCCGAGGGAAGGCCAACUCCCACUAUUGAAUGGUACAAGGAUGGAGAGCGAGUGGAGACUGACAAAGAUGACCCCCGCUCCCACCGUAUGCUGCUGCCCAGCGGAUCUUUAUUUUUCUUACGCAUUGUACAUGGACGCAGGAGCAAACCUGAUGAAGGAAGUUAUGUUUGUGUUGCGAGGAACUAUCUUGGUGAAGCUGUGAGUCGCAAUGCAUCUCUGGAAGUAGCAUUGCUACGGGAUGACUUUCGCCAAAACCCUACCGAUGUUGUUGUGGCAGCUGGAGAACCUGCUAUUCUGGAGUGCCAGCCUCCUCGAGGACAUCCUGAGCCCACAAUCUACUGGAAGAAAGAUAAAAUCCGCAUUGACGACAGGGAAGAGAGAAUCAGUAUACGAGGUGGGAAACUAAUGAUCUCAAACACAAGGAAAAGUGAUGCUGGCAUGUACACUUGUGUCGGUACCAACAUGGUGGGCGAACGAGACAGCGAUCCAGCAGAGCUGACUGUCUUUGAACGACCCACGUUUCUCAGGAGACCAAUUAACCAAGUGGUUCUGGAGGAAGAGGCAGUAGAAUUCCGAUGUCAAGUCCAGGGGGAUCCUCAGCCAACAGUCCGGUGGAAGAAAGAUGAUGUGGAUUUGCCAAGAGGAAGAUAUGACAUCAAAGAUGAUUACACCUUACGCAUUAAAAAGGCCACGAGCACAGACGAGGGAACCUACACAUGCAUUGCUGAGAAUCGAGUUGGAAAAGUGGAAGCCUCUGCUACCCUCACAGUUCGGGCUCGCCCUGUUGCUCCCCCGCAGUUUGUGAUAAGACCACGAGACCAGAUUGUAGCCCAGGGUCGAACAGUGACCUUUCCCUGUGAAACUAAAGGAAAUCCCCAGCCUGCUGUUUUUUGGCAAAAGGAAGGCAGCCAGAAUCUACUCUUUCCAAACCAGCCUCUCCAACCCAACAGUAGGUAUUCAGUAUCACCAACAGGCGACCUCACUAUUACCAACAUUCAACGAUCUGAUGCAGGCUACUACAUCUGUCAAGCGCUGACGGUUGCUGGGAGCAUUUUAGCAAAAGCUCAACUGGAAGUUACUGAUGUUUUGACAGAUAGGCCUCCACCCAUCAUUCUCCAAGGUCCAGCCAAUCAGACGUUGGCAGUAGAUGGGACAGCUUUGUUGAAGUGUAAGGCCACUGGUGACCCACUUCCUGUUAUUAGUUGGUUAAAAGAAGGAUUCACGUUCCUGGGCAGAGAUCCUAGAACAUCAAUACAGGAGCAGGGGACCUUGCAGAUUAAAAGUCUACGGAUAUCUGACACUGGCACUUACACAUGUGUGGCCACAAGUUCAAGUGGGGAGACAUCUUGGAGCGCUGUGCUAGAGGUGACAGAGUCUGGUGGAGCAACAAUCAGUAAAAAUUAUGAUUUGAAUGACCUUCCUGGGCCACCAUCCAAACCCCAGGUCACUGAUGUUACUAAGAACAGUGUCACCUUGUCCUGGCAGCCAGGCACCCCUGGAAGCUUACCAGCUAGUGCAUAUAUCAUUGAGGCUUUUAGCCAAUCUGUGAGCAAUAGCUGGCAAACAGUUGCUAAUCAUGUAAAGACAACACUCUACACUUUAAGAGGAUUGCGACCCAAUACAAUCUACCUGUUUAUGGUCAGAGCAAUCAACUCACAAGGUCUGAGUGACCCCAGCCCUAUGUCAGAUCCUGUCCGCACACAAGAUAUCAGCCCACCAGCACAAGGAGUGGAUCACAGGCAAGUCCAGAAAGAGCUAGGAGACGUCAUUGUACGGCUACAUAAUCCUGUUGUGCUGACACCCACUACAGUUCAAGUCACCUGGACAGUUGACCGCCAAUCCCAGUUUAUUCAGGGUUAUCGAGUAAUGUAUCGCCAAACAUCAGGCCUGUCUUCUCCAAUGGCAUGGCAGAAUUUGGAUGUGAAAGUCCCCACUGAGCGCAGUGCUGUCCUAGUCAACUUGAAAAAAGGGGUUUCUUAUGAAAUUAAAGUUCGACCCUAUUUCAAUGAAUUCCAAGGAAUGGAUAGUGAAUCAAAGUCUGCCCGUACUACUGAAGAAGCUCCAAGUGCCCCUCCGCAGUCUGUUACUGUUCUAACAGUUGGAAACCAUAACAGCACAAGCAUCAGCAUUUCCUGGGACCCUCCCCCACCAGAUCACCAAAAUGGAAUCAUCCAGGAGUAUAAGAUCUGGUGCCUAGGUAAUGAGACUCGAUUUCACAUCAACAAAACAGUAGAUGCAGCCAUUCGCUCUGUAGUGAUAGGUGGCCUAUACCCUGGUAUUCAAUAUCGAGUGGAAGUUGCAGCAAGUACAAGUGCAGGUGUUGGAGUAAAAAGUGAACCACAACCCAUAAUAAUUGGAGGUCGUAACGAAGUUGUCAUCACUGAAAAUAACAACAGCAUAACUGAACAAAUCACUGAUGUUGUCAAGCAGCCUGCCUUUAUUGCUGGCAUUGGUGGGGCAUGCUGGGUAAUUCUGAUGGGUUUCAGCAUCUGGCUGUAUUGGCGAAGAAAGAAGAGGAAGGGGCUGAGCAAUUAUGCCGUUCAGUCCUUCACCUUCACCCCUGCAGUCACUUUUCAAAGAGGAGAUGGAGGACUAAUGAGCAAUGGAAGUCGACCAGGUCUGUUGAAUGCAAGUGACCCCAGUUAUCCUUGGCUUGCAGACUCUUGGCCUGCCACCAGUCUGCCAGUAAACAACAGCACUAGUGGACCCAACGAUCUUGGGAAUUUUGGUCGUGGAGAUGUGCUGCCACCAGUGCCAGGCCAAGGGGAUAAAACUGCCACUAUGCUUUCUGAUGGAGCCAUUUACAGCAGCAUUGACUUCACCACCAAAACUAGUUACAACAGUUCCAGCCAAAUCACACAAGCUACACCAUAUGCCACCACGCAGAUUCUGCAUUCCAACAGCAUCCAUGAGUUGGCAGUCGACUUACCUGAUCCUCAGUGGAAAAGCUCAAUUCAGCAAAAAACUGACCUCAUGGGAUUCGGUUACUCUCUGCCAGACCAAAGCAAAGGCAACAACGCCUUACUUUACAUCCCUGACUACCGAUUGGCUGAGGGAUUGUCUAAUAGAAUGCCACACAACCAGUCACAGGAUUUCAGCACCACCAGCUCUCACAACAGCUCAGAAAGAAGUGGCAGCCUCUCAGGUGGGAAAGGAGGAAAAAAGAAGAAAAACAAAAAUACUUCCAAGCCCCAGAAAAAUAAUGGGUCUAACUGGGCCAAUGUUCCUCUACCACCUCCUCCUGUGCAGCCGCUACCAGGCACAGAGCUAGAGCACUAUGGAGAGGACCAGCAAGAAGCAGGAUAUGACAGUGAUGGUUGGUGUCCUCCUUUACCAGUUCAGACGUACUUACACCAGGGCCUGGAGGAUGAGCUUGAAGAAGAUGAUGACAGAGUGCCUACACCACCUGUCCGAGGGGUGGCCUCCUCACCAGCAAUCUCCUUUGGGCAACAGUCCACUGCAACUCUCACACCUUCUCCACGAGAGGAGAUGCAGCCAAUGCUUCAAGCCCACCUUGAUGAAUUAACCAGGGCCUACCAGUUUGACAUAGCAAAGCAAACAUGGCACAUCCAAAGCAAUACUCAACCUCCUCUGGCCCCAGUUCCACCACUUGGAUAUGUAGCUGGAACCCUUAUUUCAGAUUUGGAAACAGAUAUUCCAGAUGAUGAUGAGGAUGAUAUUGAAGAAGAAGCUAUAGAAAUCACUAGGCCACUAAGAGGUCUAGAGCAUACUCCGGGAUCCAGUAUGGACAAUUUAGACAGCUCUGUGACAGGUUCAAUGGUAAAUGGAUGGGGUUCUGCGUCUGAUGAGGACCGUAACUUUUCUAGUCAUAGAUCUAGUGUAGGUAGCUCCUCAGAUGACUCGAUCUUUACCAGCGGCAGUUUUGCACAAGCACUGGUUGCAGCAGCAGAUAAAGCUGGGUUUAGGCUGGAUGGAACCAGCCUGACAAGAACAGGCAAAGCAUACCCUUCCUCUCAGCGACCUCGGCCAAGCAGCCCAUUUUCAACUGACAGUAACACCAGUGCAGCCCUGAAUCAGAGUCAGAGGCCUAGGCCUACUAAAAAACACAAGGGGGGUAGAUUGGACCAACCCCCAUUGCCUCAUCGCAGGGAGGGAAUGACAGAUGAUCUUCCACCACCACCAGAUCCGCCCCCUGGUCAGGGUUUAAGGCAGCAAAUAGGCCCUGGCCAGCGCGGAGGCUCGGCAGAGAGAAAAGGAAGCUCUCUUGAGAGGCAGCAUACUUCCAACAUAGAUGAAACAAAGAGCUCAUUGGAUCGUCAAGCUAGAACAUCAUUAGAGUGGCAGCGACAAACCCAGGAAUGGAUAAGCUCCACAGAACGUCAAGAAGAUUUCAGGAAAGCCCAACAUAAACAAGCAUUUGGAUCAGAAGAGGCACUGGUGCCAUAUAGUAAGCCCAGUUUCCCAUCCCCAGGUGGUCACAGCUCUUCAGGAACAGCUUCUUCUAAAGGUUCGACUGGACCCAGAAAAGGCGAAGCCUUGCGAGGAGGUCACCAACGCAAUGCUAGUGACCUUCUUGAUGUAGGAUAUAUGGGAUCAAGUAAUGCAGGACAGUUUACUGGUGAAUUAUAGUAGUUGAGAAGAGACAUCCCAAGCUGCUCUGAAGGACCAUCAGGUCUGAACUCAUGGAAGUGAUGACACUAAACAGUGCAAUGAACAUUUUCUUUAUUUAUGUACUAUUAAAAGAACUGUAAAUGCAAUGUAAAGACACACAGCCACACAUAUCCCACAGAUACUUGUGUUCGUCUCUUUAAUACACCAUCCACCUUAAACUAUUUCUUGUCAGGAGUAUAUAAAAAAGAAAGAAAAAAAAAGUCACCCUCCAGGAUGAAAAUGAUUUCCCUCUGUAUAUAAUUUCUUUUGUUGCAUUGCUAUGCAAGCUCACCUUCUUUUUAGCUAUGUUCAUAUUAUUGUCUGUUCUUAUUGGUCUGUUGUACUAUAUGUGAAUUAAUAGGCUGUGGUGCCAUAUAUUAACUUUUAAUUGUGUAACUUUUAUGUUUAAAGUUUGCACUGCAAUUUUAUUUGGUGAUAAGCACAAAACUCUACUCCUUGUGACAUGAAGAAGAAGAAGACUGAAUGUGUGAAGAACGUUUUACGUGCUGUAAGCUGUGUUGGAUAAUGCUGGAUGUAACGGAGUAUGGUAAAUGGUUUUCCAUUGGGGUGUAGAAAUAGGAAGAUGACAGGCAAAACUGAUGUUAGCAAAGAUGUCAGGGACAGAAUUAAAUCUUUUAAUAACAAGCAACAUGGUUGCUCUUACUAUUUAAAAAAAAGGGGGGUGUCAAAAGAUGAAAAUGUGAGUUUCAAGAGAGAAUAUGAAAAAAGAGACUACAGAGUUGAACUGUGACCUCUGAAUAGAACGCUAAGCUUCUCAACUCUUAGGAUCAGUUUUUACCUGCCCAAUAGAAUUAAAUAAUGGAGGGCAGGAGAGUGGGGGAAAACUUGCUACAAACAAAAGAAAUUAAGGUGUUUCACUAAAGCUGUUUUUAUGUUACAUUUUAAAAAGAAUUACCAUAAUUAAUCUCUCAAAGCCAGCAUGUAAUGCAGAAAUCCCCCCAGGAAAAAGAAACAAUAUAAACUCUGGGAUUACCUAGCAAAUAGUUAAAGAGGCAAUUUAUUAUUGAGACAUAUUCAAGAUGCUUCUGAAAAAUGAAAUAUGUUGAAAUAUCUUAGUUCAUCUUUCCAAUACAUGUACAGUAAAAUAGAAGAUAGAGCUGCACCACUGAAAUUCAUUUACAUGAGUUGUUUUUAUGCAGUCUAGAAACUUUUGUGUUUUAUUAACUGAAGUCUUCAAUAACUGAAGUUGAUUCCACGGAAUUUGUAGCAAAAUUCUUAGUGUUUGAAAAAGAAAGCAAUGGUAAAAUUAUGUUCAGUUUGCAGUAAAUAUUUUUCUUUCAAUGCAAUAUGUUCUCAGAAAUUGGAUACAAACAAAAAAAUCUUUGACCUACUUUUAACGUGUGAAUUUAAACCCUACUAUAAUAACAAAGUAACGCAUGUUUAUACACUUUUUGAAUAAACCAAACUCUGUAAGUGGACAUUAAUAACAGCAUCCUGUCUCAUCAUUAGUUUUCAUGACUUUCUCUAGACUUUCUGCACCUCCAAAAUCCCUAUGAGUAAAUUUUUCAAACAUUUGUUAGAAUACUCUACAUGUAUUGUAUACCACAUUCAUUCAAUACUUAAUUUAAAUAUUACACUCUACAGCUUUUUUUCUAUUAAUCACCUAAUCAUGAAUGCAAGUUUGCAUUUAAACACCCUUUAAGUAUAUCCUGUCUAUGUUGUUUUGUAUAUCGCCUUGGAGUUCACCAGUAUUAAGUGAAGUACACUUUUAGUGAUGGCAAAGUCCUAGGACAAGUAAAUUACACUGCUAAAUAUAUGUGUUUCUUUUCAUUUUAUUUAAUUGUUCCAUUAUACAAUAAAACACUACAGUUUUCAAUUGUAUUCAGAACUGUCAAAUAUCAAAAACUGGUAUUUAAACUUUACUUAAGGUCAAAUCUGUUAUUUAGCAGUUACAAGACAAAAACAAAAUGUAUGAAUUUAUUUAUAUAUGUAACCAAUGAAUAUAUGUAAUUUUCCUGCUGAUUAAAUGGAUAUAGUUAAAGCCAUUGUCUAUAAACGUACAGAAAUAUUCAACAAAGGUAAAAAGGGCAUCCGAUUUUUGCUGACUCUGAUAUGUGAAGAUACAGAUUCUUCAGCACACUUCUCAAAUUUUGGUUCUCUGGAAACAUUUCAAUAUGACUAGAGAAGAUUUUGAUUUGAACACUUGUGCUGAGCUUUGGUGGAACACCUUUCUCAUUAUGUUCUAUUUUAAAAUUGGAAUAAUGAGAAGUUGACAAAAGCCAUCCCGAUUACUUUCAGAUAUGUUUUAUCUAUUCCACUGGAAAGUAAAUGUGUGUCAGUAUUAAAGCUGUGCAGUAUCAUGAUAUUCACUACCUUGUCCAUCUGCUUCUGUAUGUUUUUGUUCAUUAAUAAUUUGCUUACAAUAUUACAUAACAAAUUGUCCGUGUGUAUCGCCAAGUGUCUCCAUUAUCUUACAGGUGAUCUUUUUUUUCUCUUUUCUAUAAGUGUACUUCCAACAAAUCACAAUACAUAUUUUUUAAAAUGCAGUUUAAUUUACUAUUUAAAAAAAAUAUUAUUUCUGUUUUUUUAAACCGAAAACAUUUAUUGUGCUUAAUGUGCUUUUAAACGGGGAUGUUGUGGUGGCACUUAGUUUUCCAAUUUGUUUUUUUAAUUUGUUUAUUGGCUACAUCUUGUUCAUGAAAAAGUAUGAUCUCUUAAUGUGUUUCAUUGGUAUUGUUAGUGCAGCAAAGUUUAAUUGCCAUAAGAAGUUGGUUAAUAGUAUUGUCGAGCUGUGUAUUGUAUAUUUACUGGGGAAAAAAAUAAAACGCAUUCACAUUUCAAAUUUAUGUUA